AUGAUAUUGAACAAUCUUCCUCCAUCACAAUAUGGGAGGGGACUUUCAAUUCAAUCUCGUUUCCCUGAGAUCAAAUCUGUUGUAAAUUCCACUUGCAAGUCUUCUGGGGAAGAUGACACAAGCUUAGCCAUAUUUUCUGACGAUGACUUGAGCCUGAAAGAUGCUUUUGGGCCAGCAACAUUUGAUCAUGGCCAUUAUGAAUCUUCCUUCAAUUUUGCCUCUGACAUUCAACACUCUCAUCAAGCUGUAACAAGCCCAGUAGACUUUCUGGAAGCUAAAGGAUUUGAUGACCAUCAUGGCUCUCAUUGUCUUGCUAUUUUUUUCCUUCAUGUAUUGGCACGGAAGCCUUCAGCAUUUGUAAGUGGAAGUCAGAUUGGAAUUUGGCAGAGGUGCAUUUACUCCUUUCCACGUUUCAGGGCAAUCCUUGACAAAAAGUUGAUGCAUCUUCAAGCUUUAGAAUUGGUGAAGCAACUGUGGGUGCAAGUGUUGUUGCUAGAUGACUUUAAAAUUGGAGAACUACAUCUGAAACCUUCAAGGCUGUUGUUUACCACUGCAGAGUUGGGGAAUGUUGAAUUCAUAAAAGUGCUGAUUCGGAUGUAUCUUGACCUUAUUUGGAAAGUAGAUGAUCACAGUCGAAGCAUAUUUCACAUUGCAGUGUUGCAUCGUCAAGAAAACAUUUUUAAUCUGAUUCAUGAGAUUGGCGCUCAUAAAGCUUUGAUAGCAGCUUAUGAAGAUGAAAAUAACAUGUUGCAUUUGGCUAGAAAGCUUGCCCGUGGAGCUAUGCAACUUAGACGAGAGUUGCAUUGGUUCAAGGAAGUCGAAAAAGUUAUUCAACCAUCUUAGAGAGAAACCAAAAAUUUCGAGGGUAGGACACCUCAUAUUUUGUUUUCGGAGGAGCAUAGAAGACUUGUUCGCGAAGGGGAAAAGUGGAUGAAAGACACUGCAUCUUCAUGAAUGGUUGUCGCAACACUUAUUGCAACCGUGAUGUUUGCUGCAGCCUUUACUGUACCAGGUGGCAAUAAUAAUCUUACAGGGAAGCCUGUUUUUCUACAUCACGGGUCAUUUUUGGUUUUCGCCAUAUCGGAUACAUUGGCACUAUUUUGCACUGCCACUUCAAUAUUGAUGUUCCUCUUCAUUCUCACCUCGCGCUAUGCAGAAGAAGAUUUCCUGUAUUCAUUACCAAACAGGCUGAUAAUAGGGCUUGCAACUCUCUUCAUCUCUAUAGCAACCAUGAUGGCAGCAUUUGGAGCCACUCUUUUCAUUGUUCUAAGUGAUGACUUUGCAUGGAUAGCCAUUCCUAUAGCCACUAUUGCUAGUGUUCCUGUCACCCUGUUUCCUCUGCUCCAAUUCCCCCUUCUUUCUGAUAUGAUUAGUCAUUUGUAUGAUUUUAAGUUUAAUGUGAACAUACCGGUGGACUCUUCCACCAUAGAAGAAGAAACAGUGCUGCUGCUGCAAAAUUCUAUCUCAUUCUCAAAAGAAAUUGAAAGGAGAAGUAGACACCGCAAAUUAUACAGGGCUGCAUUGAAAGGUGAUUGGAACACUGCUGAAAGUAUUUAUAAGGAAGAUGAUAUUGAUAUACCAGUUAAGCUAUCAAAGGAUCGGGACACUGCUCUCCAUAUUGCAGCUACAGCAAGGCGCACUGGUUUUGUGAAAAAGCUGCUUGGACAAAUGAAUAAAGAGGAUUUAGCCAUACAAAAUAAUGCCGGCAAUAUGGCUUUUUUUCUUGUAGCUGCGUCGAAAAGGGUUGAAAAUGUCAAGGCUAUGAUGGAGAAGAAUGAAGACAUAGUAAAGAUUAGAGGAGACAAUGGAAUGUUACCGCUUCACAAGGCAGCUCUAAUUGGAGACAAAGAGACGGUAGAAUACCUUUAUGAAGCCAUUGGAGAUGAGAUAUUAGAUCAUGAUAAUGAUCGCUUCGAAUUGCUUAUCAGCCUCAUAAACCGCGGUUGGUAUGCUUAUUUUGUAAUGAAGUUGUUAGACUUGAGUGGUUUAGCUGAGAUUAAGUGA